AUGGAUGAACACUAUAGCGUAGAUGAAAGCAUGAUCCCGUAUUACGGAAAACACUACGCUAAACAGUUCAUCCGUGGAAAGCCAAUUAGGUUUGGUUUCAAAAACUGGGCAAUGUGUGCUAGUACCGGAUAUAUGUUAGCGUUCAGUUUAUAUACGGGAAAGAGUUCUGAAAAAAAAGAUUUUGGAGUAGGUGGCGACGUAGUUCUCAACCUAAUUACAUUGAGCAAACUUCCACCAAACAGUGGCAUAAAAUUGUUUUUUGACAAUUAUUUUACAUCUUUGAGCCUGAUGAGACACCUGAAGGAGCUUGGCUAUUAUAACGUAAAACAAUUCAAGAAGGAGGCGCGAGGUCAUUACGAUUACCGAGUAGCUGAUGAUGUUUUCGUAUGUCGGUGGAAUGAUAACAAUGUUGUCACAGUAGCCACUAAUUUUGAAAAUCUGGCAAUUACAUCUGCCACACGCUGGUCCAAUGAAGAAAAAGCCAAAGUGCAAGUACCUCAGCCAUCACUUAUUUCAAAUUAUAAUAAGUAUAUGGGUGGAGUAGACAAAUGUGAUCAGGCUGUGGCAAACUUACGAACUCGGAUGCGUAUAAAGAAAUGGUGGUGGCCCAUAUUUGCAUAUUUAUUAGACGUUUCGGUUGUAAAUGCCUGGUUACUUGCACGGAAGAAUGGCUGCACAAGAGAUACUGAGUCUUUAUUCGUUUUUAGACGCUUCAUAGCAAGGAGCUUACUUUCGACACAUGGCACACCACCACAUCAAGGUCGCAAGCCGGCAAAACCAUUAUCUACAAUGAGAUACGACGGUAAAGAACAUUGGCUGGUUCCAAUAAAUACUGAACGUCGGUGUGCAAAUCAAUGUGGAGGAAAAAGUAAAUUUCAGUGUCAGAAAUGUGAUGUAGGCCUUCACCCGAAAUGUCACAUGGCAUACCACAUUUUAAAUUAA